ACGAAUACACACAACGAUACAUCGCCUCUUGCAACCAGCACCUUCUUCUCGCUGCUCCGAAUUCUACACACAUACCUGCCCUGCCAUUAAUUAUUUGCUUGAAUCUUUAUUUGCCGCCGCUCUGAACCCAAACUUCGCAGGCAGCCGUUGUGGUUCUAUCGCUUUCGAUCCCUCCAAUUUUCCAGUUGAACACCAUGUCCGUCGAUCUCGAACCCGGUGAUCUCGGUUUCCGCCGACCCUUCAAUCGCGAGGUUAGCGAGGUGCUACAUAUCCGCAACCCGCAAAGCGAUCCAAUCGCAUUCAAGGUCAAAACAACCGCUCCCAAACACUACUGCGUGCGUCCCAACUCUGGCCGCAUAGAACCCGGGAAACAAGUCGAAGUGCAAGUCUUGCUACAAGCGAUGAAAGAGGACCCUCCUCUUGAUGCGAAGUGCAAAGAUAAAUUCUUGGUUCAGUCGGUUGCUAUUACCGGAGAUUUAGAAUUUGCCAAUGUCACAUCUAUUUUUGAGAAAGCACCCAAGGCAGCAAUCCAAGAACGAAGAAUCAGAGUGGCCUAUCUACCUGCAGAUAUUCCUGACGGAUCGGCCCAAACCGAAGAAGAACCCCCCGCAUACUCCUCGCCAGGUGGCGCAUUCGAAACGCCUGCGCCAACAGCAUCCAGGAAGAUUGACGACUCCACAUCACCUAUCCCAGCACCCAACUUCGAAAAAUCCCCCAAACCAGAAACAACCGAAACAUCAAAGGAAGCAGAUCUAUCUGCCUUUGAAAAUGCGCCAUCUACUGCAGCUGCUGCUACAACCGAAGCAAAACCCGAUUCCAGUGAUAAUAUCAAGGAGCAAUUGUCAGAUGCAUUAGCGCAGAUUCAAAAGUUGAAAGCUCAACUCACCGAACAAGGACAGGGUCUCCGUCAGCGGAGAAGUGACGGUUCCGAGCCAUCUUCUAUCUCCAAAGCUGGCAAUAUGAUACAACAACAGAUUGCCCAACCGACAGCGGAGAUGGGUGUUCCAGUUCAGAUUGUUGCAGCAUUGUGCUUACUUAGCUUUUUACUUGCGUACUUUUUCUUCUAAAGAUUUCCUUUUCCCCUUUUCGUUCUUUCCUUUUGCGGCUUAUAAUUAUCUCGGAGCAUGUUUCUUCCCCCUUUUACCCUCUUCUUUUCAAGAGCUUCUAUGCUUUACUCUGAUUCUUUUCUUGUCUGGCUACCCUUGUUUUUUGUCUCUACGUGUGUUGAUACAGCACGUACAUGUUGGAAGUUUUGCUUUCCUUUUAUAUGGCUUAUUGAUUCAUACAGCGUACGCAAUGCAUAAUGCAUUCUUCUUCGACUUUCCUAUGUUUGUCCAAUACAUCCGAAUUUAGCAAUGAAUCAGUGGAUUCGGUCUAUCAAUAUCUAAU